CGGCCCGACGACAUCUUCAUCGCGGUCAAGACCACCCGAAAGAACCACGGGCCGCGCCUGGGGCUGCUGCUGCGCACCUGGAUCUCCCGGGCCCGACAGCAGACAUUCAUCUUUACUGAUGGGGACGACCCCGAGUUGCAGCUCCAGGGUGGUGAGUGCCCCCGUCCCGUCCCGCCCUGCUAGCUGCCUCCUCAGCUGUCUCUCGGUCCAGGGCCACCCGGCCCUAUGCUGUGUACGGGGGGGGGGGGGGGGGGGGGAAGGCACCUGCUCAGGGCCACACAGCUGGUGGAGGACAGAGCCCCGAUGCCCACCCACCGCUGGCCCCGCAUCCAGGGCCCCAGGCCCCAGCCCUGCUCUGCCUCCCUCAACCACGCCCCCUACAGGAGGGCCAGCAGGGAGCCCUCCCUUCCGGGCCUGCCCACCUCAGUCCUGCUCCCUGGCAGGUUUUCUCUCGUGAGAUUCCAGGAGGAGGUUAUCUGUCUCGACAGCAGCAACAGAGUCAGCCGAGCGAGGCCGGGACAGGGCUGUGAUCGGCUCCGACGUCAGGGCCUCGAGCGGACAGACCUUGCGUCGCCAGCUAGCCACAUCUUGCCUGACUUCAGCGGGGUGGGUACACUGGCCACAGACUUCCCUGGCACUCGCUCUUCUCCUCCUCCCACCGCAGGCAGCCACGUUGUCAACACCAACUGCUCAGCCGUGCACACCCGCCAGGCUCUGUGCUGCAAGAUGGCAGUGGAAUAUGACAAGUUCAUCGAGUCUGGACGCAAGUGGUUCUGCCACGUGGAUGACGACAACUACGUGAACCCCGAUGGCCUGCUGCACCUGCUGUCCAGCUUCUCGCCCAGCCAAGACGUCUACCUGGGGCGGCCCAGCCUGGACCACCCCAUCGAGGCUACCGAGAGGGUCCAGGGAGGUGGAACCGUGACCUCGGUCAAGUUCUGGUUCGCUACUGGGGGGGCCGGGUUCUGCCUGAGCAGAGGCCUUGCCCUCAAGAUGAGCCCCUGGGCCAGCCUGGGCAGCUUCAUGAGCACAGCUGAGCGGGUGCGGCUGCCAGACGACUGCACCGUGGGCUACAUCGUGGAGGGGCUGCUGGGCGCGCGCCUGUUGCGCAGCCCCCUCUUCCACUCCCACCUGGAGAACCUCCCGAGGCUGCCGCCCGACACCCUGCUCCAGCAGGUCACUUUGAGCUAUGGGGGCCCUGAGAACCCGCACAACGUGGUGAACGUGGCCGGGGGCUUCAGCCUGCAGCAGGACCCCACGCGGUUUCAGUCCGUCCACUGCCUCCUCUAUCCGGACACGGACUGGUGUCCCGGGCAGAAGCAGAGCGACCUCGCCCCGCGGUGACCCUCAGCCCCUGGCCCAGAGGCGGCUCCGGCUCUGCCCCGCGGUGCAGGCGCAGGGCGAGGCCUCCGCGGGAGCAGGCUGCCCCCUCCUGGGCUCGGUUGGCUCCUCCAGGUGGCUGUGGCCACGGCCUCCCCCAGGCGGGUUAGGGGCACCUGCGGAUACUCAGGCCGGCCGGCGGGCCCCGGAGACCCGGUGCUGCGGAGAGGACCGCAGCGCUGUGCUCCUGCCCGGGGGCCCAGCCCCAGUUCUCACCGGAAAGGGCUUCCAGGGCGGCGGCCUGCGCCCCUUACCUGCGGAAAAGGGGCCUCCAGGCCCGAGUGGCGCCUGAGGUGCUGCCGCCGUGCAGAGGUGUCUGCAGAGCCUCCUCCGGGGCCCCCGGGAAGCCGCCCUCCCACCGCAGGCUUGGCGCUGGCGGGCCGGCCCCAGCCCGAUGCAGAGGUGCCGUCGUGCGGGCCCCGGGCCGAGGCUCCUCGCGGAGGGGCUUCGAAGACACCGUCGUCCACGCUGGCUCGUCGCUCCGUCCUCGUCCUCCCGCCUCAGGCCCCACGUCCACAAAACAGAAGGAGCCUUGGGUCUGGGGCUCCCGCUGCAGGGAGACAGCCCCGCCCGCCUGCCUUGGCCUUGACGGGGGUCGGGGGGACGAGGGGCCCGCACCUCCUCCUGGUCUCCCGCUCUGUGCCCGCAGCCGCUGAAUAAAGGCCCGCUCGCUCCCGAGCUUCCUCGUUGUCUUCGCCAACCAGCCACACCUGGCAGCCCCGUCCUCCCCACCAAGGCUCUGCCCUGAGACCGGCUCCCCAGCGGGCCCGUCUGCGCUCCCGGCCCUGCCGGCGGGUCUCGAGCGGCCACUGGGCUCCUCGGUGUGAGCACAAGUGCCUGUGGACCGGGCUCCCUGCCGGGCGUGCUGGAACCAGGACAGCCCGCCCCGCAGACAGCCCGCCCCAGUGUGAGGCUUGCUGUUUUAGCACAUUGUGCGCACCUGUGUGUGCGGCGUGUGGCUGCGCACACACAGGCGUGUGUGUGUGUGUGUGUGUGCGCGCGCGCGCGCGCAUGCCGGCCAGGCCGGCAAACCCAAGAAGCGGGUUGAAGUCAGCACAGGCUGUGCUCAGGCUGAGGUUCCCGGGAGAGGAGCUCAUGGCGGGUCACCAGGAACUGUCCCUGCUCAGCAGUCACCUCCCCUCACGUGCCCGGACGUGGACGUGUAGCCCCCGAGGCCUAGACCCGAGCUGCGCUUCCCAGACCCCGGCACACUGGGGUGUCCACACAGCAGCCCCCAGGAUGCUGCAGUUGGGCUGCCCUGCCCUCCCCAGCCUGGACCGCCCCAGGCAGACGCCUCCCUCGCCCGGGCCCGAACCCCGGCACCCUCCAAGGCGAGUGUGACGGGCCAGCGCCCUGAGGCUGUGGGCACGGCCAGGGGGGUGGUCCAUUUAUUGCUGAGAGAGAAAAAAGCCUGGAAGGCAACACACGAAGGUGUCUGUGUGUGACGUCGCCCCGAGAGGCAGAAAUUGGUGGAAGCGUUUUUUUCCUCUGACCCCUUUUUGGUAUUUGGCAAGUAACAACAUGUCUCCUCGUGGUCAUAAAGCAGACGUAUAAUCAGGAAAAGUUAAAAUUUUGUUAAAUUAAGUUUCCAAAUUAAAUUGUGUAUACUUGG